AUGUUUGCCAGCUGUACAAGAAGAAGCAUUAUGGAAGUGAAAGAGCGACGUCCAUACUGCUCACUCACCAAGGGCCGCAGGGACAAGGAGGGGCCGUACACCGGUUCAUCAGGGGACAGUGAAGACUGUGCUAUUGGCUCCCACGGACUCCGGGUCCCCACUCAGAAGUCCUACUCCUCCAGUGAAACACUGAAGGCCUUUGACCAGCACCAAGACCAGACCAGGCUACUGUACGGGACGAGCAAGGGACACAAGGACAUGGUUAAUCGUGAACAGGAUGAUUAUACCAGACAAGGUCAGCAUUUCAGUCUUCGUCAGCUGGGAAUCUGUGAGCCGCCAUCACGUCGUGGCCUGGCCUUCUGCUCUGAGAUGGGUCUACCCCACCGUGGCUUCUCAGUCGGUACACCCCAAGACCUGGAUGCUGACAGUCAGGCUGUGAUGUCACCAGAGCGUGCCAUGCGGCUGUGGGGCCGUGGGGGUCUGGGUAAAUCAUCUGGGAGGAGUUCCUGCCUGUCCAGCCGCUCCAACUCAGUGCUGACUCUUACCGACACCGAGCAUGAGAACAAGUCUGACAGCGACAAUGAACAACCACCCAAUCAUCACGGCCCCAUCCUGCCUCCCGUGCCACCCCCGCACCGCCAGCAGCCAUCGAUAACCGCUCUCAACCAAUCCCUUGGUUCCACGCACCACGCUGGCCAAUCUCUGAAUUCAACGAGGCAGCUAACCCCUCCUACUGGAAGCCCGGCCCCUGUGGCCGGCCAAUCACCAGCCGAGCUGCAGACCACGCCCCCCGAGAGCGUCCCGCUGCAAGACAGCUGGGUGCUGGGUAGCAAUGUGCCACUGGAAACAAGGCAUUUCCUCUUUAAGACAGGUACAGGCACCACCCCCCUCUUCUCCACGGCAACUCCCGGCUACACUAUGGCAACAGGCUCAGUGUACUCCCCACCCACCAGGCCGUUGCCGAGGAACACCCUGUCCCGCUCUGCCUUCAAGUUCAAGAAAUCGUCAAAGUACUGCUCAUGGAGGUGUACAGCCCUCAGUGCAGUAGGACUGUCUGUGCUGCUGUCUGUCCUGCUAUGUUACUGCAUAGCUAUGCACCUGUUUGGUCUCAACUGGCAGCUUCAGGAGACUGAGGGAUAUGGGGCGUUUGAAAAUGGAGGAGGAAGAGAUACGACUCCCAACACCUUCAUGGUGUCCACAGACAAUGGUAAAAUGUUUCUUCUAGAGAACAACACCAUAGACAUAGGAGAGGUGGACGUGGGGAGACGAGCCAUACAAGAUGUCCCACCAGGUGUGUUUUGGAGGUCGCAGCUAUAUAUUGACCAACCACAGUUCUUGAAAUUCAACAUCUCCGUCCAGAGAGAUGCUCUUGUUGGAGUGUAUGGACGCAAAGGCAUACCACCCUCACACACUCAGUAUGACUUUGUGGAGCUGCUGGAUGGCAGUCGUCUCAUUUCCAAAGACAAGCGAUCCCUCAGUGACAUAGACGCAGGACAUAUAUACUUAGCUGUUGGACACGAGGAGGAGUCUGGGGGAGGAGCCCGACACGCACGCUCAGUGAACGUGCACGAGGCCGGCUUCAUCCAGUACCUGGACACAGGCAUCUGGCAUCUGGCGUUUUACAACGAUGGACGCAACACAGAACAAGUGUCUUACAAUACUAUUGUUAUAGAGUCGAUUAUGGAGUGUCCUCAGAAUUGCCAUGGAAACGGAGAUUGUCUCUCAGGAAUAUGUCACUGUUUUCCAGGAUUUCUGGGACCCGACUGCUCUCGAGCUUCCUGUCCAGUGCUGUGCAGCGGUAAUGGUCAGUACUCCCGUGGCCGCUGCCAGUGCUACAGCGGGUGGAAAGGCACUGAAUGUGAUGUGCCAGCUAACCAGUGCAUCGACAUCCACUGUGGAGGACAUGGCAUAUGCAUUAUGGGCGCCUGCAUCUGCAAUACUGGAUACAAGGGAGACAACUGUGAGGAAGUGGAUUGCAUAGACCCCAGCUGUUCGGCCCAUGGGGUGUGUAUUCAUGGUGAGUGUCACUGUCAGCCAGGCUGGGGAGGAGCCAGCUGUGAGAUUGCAAAGGCCAUGUGUCCAGACCAGUGCUCAGGUCACGGCACUCAUAACGCUGAGACCAGCACCUGUACCUGCGACCAGAACUGGACCGGACCUGACUGCUCCUUAGAGGUGUGUGAAGUGAACUGCGGCAGCCAUGGCGUUUGUUAUGGCGGUGUGUGUCGGUGCGAGGAGGGCUGGACGGGAACCGUGUGUGACCAGAAGGCCUGCCACCCAAUGUGCAGCAAGAACGGAGUGUGUAAGGAGGGGAAGUGUGAGUGUGACCAGGGAUGGACUGGGGAGCACUGCAAUAUCGCUCACAAUCCGGAUAUUAGAGUAAAAGAGGGUUGUCCAGGUCUCUGUAACAACAAUGGACGAUGCACCCUGGAGGCCAGCGGCUGGCAUUGCAUUUGCCAAUCUGGAUGGAGAGGGGCCGGGUGUCACGUAGCCAUGGAAACACUCUGUACCGAUGGCAAGGACAAUGAAGGAGAUGGCUUAGCUGACUGCAUGGAUCCAGACUGCUGUCUGCAGCCCUCCUGUCAGAACCAGUUAUACUGCAAAGGGUCACCGGACCCAGGGGAGGUGCUUAGCCCGUCUCCGUCCUCAUUGGCUCCUCAGCAGGCUGCCAGGUCUUUCUACCAGCGCAUCCACUUCCUAGUUGGUCCUGAAUCCACUCAUGUCAUCACUGGAGACAGUCCGUUCAAUAAAAGCUUGGUGUCAAUAAUUCGAGGUCAGGUGUUGACAGCUGAUGGAACACCUCUGAUUGGAGUCAAUGUGACGUUUGUCCACUAUCCUGAACAUGGAUACACUGUAACACGCAAGGAUGGCAUGUUUGAUCUGCUGGCCAGCGGUGGAGCGUCACUGACAUUGAGUUUUGAGCGUGCUCCGUUCAUCACCCAGUACAGAACUGUGUGGGUGCCAUGGAAUGUCUUCUAUGUGAUGGACACACUGGUCAUGAAGAAGGAGGAGAAUGACAUUCCCAGCUGUGACCUGAGUGGUUUCAUCAGGCCCAGUCCUGUCAUUGUUGCCUCUCCUCUGUCUACGUUUUACAGAUGUUCACCUGAGGAUGGCCCCAUCAUACCUGAAACACAGGUUUUACAAGAACAAACCUCAAUACCAGGCAGUGAUCUAAACCUGAUCUACCUGAGCUCCAGAGCAGCUGGAUACAAACCAAUCCUCAAAGUCACCAUGACACAGUCAUCUAUACCUUUCAACCUGAUGAAGGUUCACCUGAUGGUUGCAGUGGUGGGUCGCCUCUUCCAGAAAUGGUUUCCUGCCCAACCAAAUCUAUCCUAUACAUUCAUCUGGGACAAGACGGACGCCUAUGGCCAACGUGUAUAUGGACUAUCUGAGGCAGUUGUGUCGGUGGGAUUUGAAUACGAGUCGUGUCUGGACCUCAUCCUGUGGGAGAAGAGAACAGCCAUUUUACAAGGCUACGAGCUGGACGCUUCCAACAUGGGAGGAUGGACGCUGGAUAAACAUCACAUCCUGGACAUACAGAAUGGUAUCCUCUACAAAGGCAAUGGUGAAAACAUUUUCAUUUCCCAGCAGCCCGCUGUCGUCAGCAGCAUCAUGGGAAACGGACGUCGCCGUAGCAUCUCCUGCCCCAGCUGUAACGGGCAGGCAGAGGGCAACAAGCUGCUGGCCCCCCUGGCUCUGGCCUGUGGAGCAGAUGGCAGCAUCUUCGUUGGAGAUUUCAACUACAUCAGGAGGAUCUUCCCCUCUGGGAAUGUUACCAGUGUCAUGGAGCUAAGAAACAAAGAUUUCAGACAUAGCAACAACCCUGCUCACCGUUACUAUCUAGCUACUGAUCCAGUAACAGGGCAGCUCUAUGUGUCAGACACCAACUCACGAAGAAUCUACCGACCCAAGAUGCUCAGUGGGGCCCGUGAUCUCAUCAGUAAUGGAGAGGUAGUGGCCGGUACAGGUGAACAGUGUCCCCCCUUUGAUGAAGCAAGAUGUGGAGAUGGAAGAAAAGCUACAGAAGCACAGCUGCUGGGACCUAAAGGGAUUGCGGUUGACAAAAAUGGUUUGAUCUACUUUGUGGAUGGGACUAUGAUCAGGAAAGUGGAUCGCAACGGAAUCAUCUCCACCGUGUUGGGUAGUAAUGACUUGACCUCUGCACGACCUCUGACAUGCGAUACCAGCAUGCACAUAAGACAGGUCCGUUUGGAAUGGCCCACAGAUCUGGCCAUUAAUCCCAUGGAUAACUCCAUCUACGUCCUGGACAACAACGUAGUGCUGCAGAUCACUGAGAAUAGACAGGUUCGUAUUGUGGCAGGUCGUCCCAUGCACUGCCAAGUACCUGGUAUAGAAUACACUAUGGGAAAGAGAGCGGUGCAGACCAUGCUAGAGGGAGCUACAGCCAUCGCCUUGUCCUACAGCGGCGUACUCUACAUCGCAGAGACAGACGAGAAAAAAAUCCACCGCAUCCGACAGGUUUCAACUGAUGGAGAAAUUACCCAUCUGGCUGGAGCUCUAUCAGACUGUGACUGCAAGAACGAUGCCAACUGUGACUGCUACCAAACAGGAGACGGCUAUGCUAAAGAUUCCAGGCUCAAUUGUCCCUCUUCUUUGGUGGUGUCCCCAGAUGGGACACUGUAUGUGGCUGAUCUGGGAAACAUCCGCAUUCGAGCUAUACGACGCAACCAACCACCCACUGGCUCUCUGGCUUCAGGUCCUAGCUCCUAUGAAGUUGCUUCUCCAGCCUCUCAGGAGCUCUACGUGUUUGAUGCGAAUGGGACUCAUCAAUUCACCAUGUCCCUGGUCACUGGAGACUAUAAAUACAACUUCAGCUACAGCAAUGAGGAAGAUGUAACUGCAGUGACUGACAGCAGUGGGAACACACUGCGUAUCCGUAGAGAUACCAACAGGAUGCCUGUACGUGUGGUUGCCCCAGACAAUCAGGUCAUUUGGCUGACCAUUGGGACUAAUGGAGGUCUGAAAACUCUCACAGCUCAGGGUCAGGAGCUGGUCUUGUUUAGUUACCAUGGCAACAGUGGUUUACUAGCUACCAAGAGCAUCCAAAUAGGCUGGACUACUUUCUAUGACUAUGACAGCGAGGGUCGUCUGACUAAUGUGACCUUUCCCACCGGGGUGGUGACCAAUCUCCACGGCGACAUGUCAUCAGGGGCCGUUGCUGUAGACAUUGAAACAUCAGGAAGGGAUGAGGAUGUUUCCAUAACAACCAACCUGUCAUCAAUAGACUCCUUUUAUACUCUGGUGCAGGACCAGCUUCGCAACAGCUAUCAGGUGGGUAAUGACCAUUCGCUGAGGGUCAUCUAUGCCAAUGGGAUGGAUUCACACUACCAGACAGAGCCACAUAUACUAGCAGGCGCUGCUAACCCAACUGUAGCCCGACGCAACAUGACACUGCCAGGAGAGAACGGCCAGAACCUGGUGGAGUGGAGGUUCAGGAAAGAACAAACCCGGGGAAAAGUAAUCGUCUUUGGAAGGAAGCUCAGGGUGAAUGGUCGGAACCUGCUGUCUGUGGAUUACGAUCGUUCACUGCGAACAGAGAAGAUUUAUGAUGACCACAGGAAGUUCCUGCUGAAGAUCAUUUAUGACACCCAAGGUCAUCCAACACUCUGGGUUCCCAGCAGCAAGCUACUGUCAGUUAACUUGACGUACUCCAGUACGGGGCAGGUGACAGGCCUACAGAGGGGUCCGACCACAGAGAAAUGGGAGUAUGACAGUCAAGGGAGAAUCAUUUCUCGGGUUUUUGCUGACGGAAAGACAUGGAGCUACACUUACCUGGAUAAGUCCAUGGUGUUGCUGCUGCACAGCCAGCACCAGUACAUCUUUGACUAUGACUCAGGGGAUCGUCUGUCAGCAGUCACCAUGCCCAGCGUGGCUCGACACACCAUGCAGACCAUCAGAUCCAUAGGAUACUACAGGAACAUCUACAACCCCCCAGAGAGCAACGCCUCUGUUACUGUGGACUACUCUGAGGAUGGACAGCUCCUCAGAGUUGCCCAUCUAGGCACUGGUCGCUGCAUACUGUACAAAUAUCGCAGACAGAACAAGCUGGCAGAGAUCCUGUACGACUCGACGCGGGUCAGUUUCACAUAUGACGAGACGGCUGGCGUGCUGAAGACGGUCAACCUGCAGAGCGAAGGCUUCAUCUGCUCCAUCCGCUACCGCCAGAUCGGCCCACUGGUCGACCGGCAAAUUUUCCGCUUCAGCGAGGACGGGAUGGUGAACGCACGCUUCGACUACACCUACGAUAACAGCUUCAGGGUCACCAGCAUGCAGGCCGUAAUCAACGAGACACCACUGCCAAUCGAUCUCUAUCAGUUUGAUGAUAUAUCGGGGAAGGUGGAGCAGUUUGGGAAAUUUGGAGUCAUCUAUUACGAUAUCAAUCAGAUUAUCUCCACAGCAGUGAUGACUUACACAAAGCACUUUGACCAGCACGGUCGCAUCAAGGAGAUCCAGUAUGAGAUCUUCAGGUCUCUGAUGUACUGGAUCACCAUUCAAUAUGACAACAUGGGCCGUGUCACCAAGCGCGAGAUCAAGAUCGGACCAUUUGCAAACACGACCAAAUAUGGAUAUGAAUACGACGUUGAUGGACAGCUGCAAACAGUCUCCCUUAAUGAGAAAAUGAUGUGGAGGUAUAAUUAUGACCUGAAUGGGAACCUGCAUUUACUGAACCCUGGGAACAGCGGCCGGUUAACGCCUCUACGCUACGACCUGAGAGACAGAAUCACUCGUCUGGGAGAUGUUCAGUACAGGCUGGAUGAAGAUGGUUUCCUCAGACAGAGAGGAGCCGAGAUAUUUGAAUACAACUCCAAAGGUCUUCUAGUCCGUGUCUACAGUAAAGCAGCAAGUUGGACCAUCCAGUACCGUUAUGACGGUUUGGGCAGGCGUGUAGCAUCUAGAAACAGUCUGGGUCAACACCUGCAAUUCUUCUACGCUGACCUGAAUUACCCCACCAGGAUCACCCACGUCUAUAACCACUCCAGUUCUGAGAUCACCUCCUUUUACUAUGAUCUGCAGGGCCACGUGUUCGCUAUGGAAAUCAGCAGUGGAGAAGAGUUUUAUAUUGCAUGUGAUAACACUGGGACCCCACUGGCUGUUUUCAGCAACAAUGGACUCCUACUUAAACAGGUGCAGUACACAGCGUACGGCGAAGUUUACUUUGAUUCCAACCCAGACUUUGUGCUGGUCAUUGGUUUCCAUGGAGGCUUGUAUGAUCCUCUGACUCGACUGCUGCAUUUUGGAGAUAGGGACUACGACAUCCCUGCUGGGAGGUGGACCACUCCUGACAUUAGCACAUGGACGCGGGUUGGUAAAGACCCCCAACCCUUCAACCUCUACAUGUUCCGAGGCAACAACCCAAUCAGCAAAAUUCAUCAGGUCAAAGAAUAUGUCACAGAUGUCAAUAUAUGGUUGGUCACAUUUGGCUUCCAUCUCCACAACGCCAUCCCAGGAUUCCCCAUUCCUAAGUUUGACCUGACACAGCCGUCACUGGAGAUGAAGAAGAGCCAGCUGUGGGAUGACCUGCCUUCUAUCUCAGGUGUCCAGCAGGAAGUGACGCGACAGUCUCGGGCCUUCCUGUCAUUUGAGCGCAUGCCAGAAAUCCAGCUCAGCCGGCGGCAUUCAGACCACACCAAACCAUGGCUGUGGUUUGCCACCGUCAAGUCUCUGAUAGGCAAAGGAGUGAUGCUGGCUGUGAUCCAAGGCCGCGUGGUGACCAACGCCCUCAACAUCGCCAAUGAGGACUGCAUCAAAGUGGCUGCUGUCUUAAACAAUGCCUUCUACCUUGAAGACCUACAUUUCACAGUGGAGGGACGAGACACGCACUACUUCAUCAAGACCAGCCUGCCUGAGAACGACCUCAGUGCACUGCGGCUGACCUCGGGACGCAAAUCUCUGGAAAACGGUGUGAAUGUGACGGUGUCCCAGUCCACCACAGUGAUGAAUGGCCGAACGCGGCGCUUUGCAGAUGUGGAGCUCCAGUUUGGCUCUCUGGCACUCCACGUGCGUUAUGGGACAACACUGGACGAAGAGAAAGCGCGCAUCCUGGAGCACGCCAGACAGAGGGCGCUGUCGAGCGCCUGGGCCCGAGAACAGCAGCGGGUGAGAGACGGGGAGGAGGGAGUUCGACUGUGGACGGAGGGGGAGAAAAGGCAGCUGCUGAGCAGCGGAAAGGUUUUGGGUUAUGAUGGCUACUACGUCUUGUCCAUAGAGCAGUACCCCGAGCUCGCUGACAGCGCCAAUAACAUCCAGUUCCUACGCCAGAGUGAGAUAGGGAGGAGGUAACACGGCAUCAACAAAGGUUUCAUUUCCACCCCUGUGACUGUCAGAGACUCCAAAAAGACUGAGUUCAGUUAUAACAUAAAAUGGAUGUCACAGACUGAACUGUCUUGAGACUCAAAACUAGCCACUGAAGAGACCCACCAUUUACAAAUGAGUUCUUUGAGGAUGAUAAAGAAGGUUUAUACACUGAUUGAUGAUGUCAUAAUCACUUCAGUGCAUCUGACCUGAAACAUCAUCCAGUUGUGAUGGUUUAAAACAGUCUACAUGAGCCUGCAAGAGGGUUCAGUCUUUUGACCAAUGCCUUUUCUUUCUCUUUCUAUCUUUCUUUUCUUCCUCUCUCUCUUUCUUUCUCUCUUUCUCUCUCUUUCUUUCUAUCGCCCUGUCGUCUGCCU